AUGGCUGAAGAAGUCAAUCCGAAGGCAUACCCGUUGGCCAGUCCAGAUUUAACAGGGAAAAUAAUUGAGCUGCUUAAACAGGCAGCAUCUUAUAAACAACUGAAGAAGGGCGCUAAUGAAACCACAAAAGCCCUAAAUCGUGGAAAGGCAGAAUUCGUUGUGAUGGCUGCAGACACGAAUCCUAUUGAAAUUGUACUACAUCUUCCUCUCGUAUGUGAAGACAAGAAUGUCCCGUACAUUUUCAUACCCUCACAACAGGCACUAGGACGUGCCUGUGGCGUCUCGAGACCUGUCAUUGCGGCAGUUGUAACCGACAGUGAGGGCUCUCAAUUGAAACCGCUCGUCAGCAACAUUCAAAUGAGCAUUGAAAAACUUUUGAUAUAA